AUGAAUCCAAUGACUCCACCAGGCCCCCCAGUCAAUUCUGUAUAUGUGGUGGCACCCCACAACGGUUACCCUGUGGUCCCGGGAACUGUGACUCAGGUGCCUCUGUAUCCAAGCAACCAGCCUCAAAUCCAUGUAAUUCCUGGGAAUCCAGCUGGUUUGGUGACAGCACAGAAAGUCUUGAAAAAUGGCAAAGUCCUGGGGGCCAUCCAGAUCCUGAUUGGCUUGCUGCACAUUGGCAUAGGCUCCAUCAUGAUCAUCAACCUCUCUGGGUACUUUACAUCUAUCUCCCUCUACGGAGGCUUCCCCUUCUGGGGAGGCAUUUGGUUUAUCAUUUCAGGAUCUCUCUCCGUGGCAGCAGAGAAUCAGCCCAAUUCUUCUUGCCUGUUGAAUGGCAGCGUGGGCUUGAACAUCUUCAGCGCCAUCUGCUCAGCAGUGGGUAUCAUACUCCUCAUCACAGAUAUGAGUAUCUCGAGUGCAUAUAUUUACCCCAGUGACUACCCUUACUACUACAACAACUGGAGAGUGAGCAUGGCUCUUUCUGGUGUACUGCUAGUCUUCUGCCUCUUGGAGCUCUCCAUUGCAAGUGUGUCUUCCCACUUUGGCUGCCAAGUGGCCUGCUGUCAGUCCACCAAUGUGGAUGUGGUCAUUCCAAAUGUCUACACAACAAACCCAGUGGUCUUCCCAGAACCUCCGAACCCAAUACCAAGUUAUUCCAGUGUAGUUCAAGACUCAACUAAGUGA